ACUAUACAAAAUAGAAACACUGAACUUCAAACAACUCAUCCCAACAUCACACACUCAACACAGCAGUUCAGGAAGUUGCAGUGUCUCAAAUAUAAUCUGAGAACUGAACAUAUUUGAGGAGCCAAUAUAUCACUGGCUCUAAAAUGAAUCUCUAUGAGGGGAGAAAGGAGGAUGUUCACUAUCAAAACAAGAGAGUAGCAUCUCCAGAGCACAGCCGUGUGUCUAUGAGGAGUAACAGAUCCAUGCCAGAACCCUACAACUUCAGCACUGGAUCUGUGGCCUUUAACCCCAGUGAUAUUGAGAACAAGAGAGCAGCAUCACCAGAGGCCAGCAGUGUGUCUAUGAGGAGUGACAGAUCCAUGCCAGAACCCCCUAACUUCAGCACUGGAUCUGUGACCUUUAACCCCAGAUGUGAUCAGAUUGGAGACCUGCAGCAGGAUUCCCACCAACCAGAUGAUCAACUACAGAGAGUUAAAGACCAGCACAAAACCAGCAUGAAGAACAAGUAUGAGAGAUUAUUUGAGGGAAUCAACCUACACAAGACUCAGACCUUCCUGAACAGGAUAUACACACAGCUCUACAUCAUAGAUAGAGAGAAAGGAAUAAAUAAAGAACAUGAGGUUUUACAGAUGGAGAAAACAGCCAGAAUAAAUCAUUCACAAGACACUCCAAUCAACUGCAAUGACAUCUUUACAGCUUUACCUGAACCAGGAUGUGAGGAGAAAAACCAAAUCAAGACUGUUCUUACUAAAGGCAUUGCUGGAAUUGGAAAAACUGUUUCAGUGCAGAAGUUCAUACUGGACUGGGUCGAGGAAAAAGCCAAUCAGGAUGUAGACUUCAUGUUUGUGCUUCCAUUUCGAGAGCUGAACUUGAUCCGAGAUCAUAGGUACAGUCUUCACAGACUUCUGCUGGACUUUCAUCCUGAACUUCAAGAUCUGGACUCAAAGAUUUAUGAGGAGUGUAAAGUUGUGUUCAUCUUUGAUGGUCUGGAUGAAAGCAGAAUCACACUGAUGUUUUCAGAUGAUCAGAAAGUUUGUGAUGUGACUGAGACUUCAUCAGUUGGUGUGUUGAUGUCAAACCUCAUGAAAGGAGAGCUGCUUCCCUCUGCUCUUAUCUGGAUCACCUCCAGACCAGCAGCAGCCAAUCAGAUCCCCUCUGAAUACAUCAACCGUUUGACAGAAAUUCAGGGAUUCAAUGAGACUCAGAAGGAGAAAUAUUUCAGAAAGAGAAUCAGUGACCAGCAUCAAGCCAGCAGAAUCAUCUCACACAUCAGAAGAGCGAGAAGCCUCCACAUCAUGUGCCACAUCCCCGUCUUCUGCUGGAUCUCAUCCACUGUACUUCAGAAGCUCCUGAAGGAUGAUCUAAGAGCAGAAAUCCCUCAAACUCUGACCGAAAUGUACAUCCACUUCCUGCUAAUUCAGAUCAACAUAAGGAAUCAGAAGUAUGAAGAGAGAGAUCCAAAGAAACUCCUGCAGUUAAACAAAGAAGUGAUUGUGAAACUUGCUGAAGUGGCUUUCAAACAGCUGAUGGAGGGCAAUGUGAUGUUCUAUGAGGAGGACCUGAUUGAGAGUGGCAUAGAUGUCACUGACGCCUCGGUGUAUUCUGGGAUUUGCACUGAGAUCUUUAAAGAGGAAUCUGUGAUUCAUCAGAGGAAAGUCUACAGCUUCAUUCAUCUGACCUUUCAGGAGUUUCUCGCUGCUUUCUAUGAGUUUUACUGCUUUUUAACAAAGAACAUGGAGCCAGUGGAGUUGUUUCCGGAUGAUAAACAUGAGAGUUACAGUUAUAGAUCUGAGGAAAACUCCCUGUAUGAGCUGCUAAAAUCAGCAGUAGAUAAAGCACUCCAGAUUGAAAAUGGGCAGCUGGAUCUGUUCCUCCGGUUCCUGUUGGGCGUCUCAUUGGAGUCCAAUCAGAGACUCUUACAGGAUCUCCUGACACAAACAGAGAACAGCUCAAGGAGCAUCAAUACAAUCACACUGUAUAUUAAAGACAAGAUCAAGAGAGGUGACUAUACCAUGAAACUCUCAGCUGAUAGCUCCAUUAAUCUGUUCCUCUGUCUGCUGGAAGUGAAAGAUCAGACCCUGUCCAGAGAGAUUCAAGAUUUUGUGAAAUCAGACAAACACUCAAAGCAGAAACUCUCUCUGUCUCACUGCUCAACAAUCGCCUACAUGCUUCAGAUGUCAGAGGAGGUGCUGGAUGAGCUUGAUCUCAUGAAAUUCAACACAUCAUCUGAGGGAAGAGGAAGACUGAUACCAGCUGUGAUCAGCUGCAGAAAAGCCCUAAUUGCAGAAUGUUGGCCUUUUGAUCAGCACUGUGAAACUGUGUGUUCAGCUUUACAAUCAUCAAAUUCCAAUUUGAGAGAGCUUGAGCUAAGUGUAAAUGACCUGAGGGAUUCGGGAGUGAAGCUGCUGUCUGAUGCACUGAAGAGUCUAAACUGUCAGCUGGAGAUACUGAGACUACAUGGGUGUAAUCUCACUGCUCAGUCUUGCGAUAGCCUGUCAUCAGCUCUACAAUCUUCUAAUGUCCUGAGAGAGCUGGACUUUAAUAACAAUGACCUGCGGGAUUCUGGAGUGAUGUUGCUUUCUCUUGGAUUGAAGAGUCCAAACUGUAUGCUGAAGACACUGAGAUUUUCCUUAUGUUAUCUCACUGCUCAGUCUUGUGAGAGUUUGUCAUUAGUUUUACAAUCUCCAAACUCUGUCCUAAGAGAGCUGGAUCUGAGUAACAAUGACCUGCAGGAUUCAGGAGUAAAGCUUCUUUCAGAUGGACUGAAAAGUCCAAACUGUCAGCUGAAGAUACUGAGAUUUUCCUUAUGUAAUCUCACUGCUCAGUCCUGUAAGAGUUUGUCAUCAGUUUUACAAUCCCCAAACUCUAUCUUGGAGCUGGAUCUGAGUAACAAUGACCUGCAGGAUUUAGGAGUGAAGCUUCUUUCAGAUGGCCUGAAAAGCCCAAACUGUCAGCUGGAAAUACUCAGGUUAUCUGGCUGUAUGGUGACAGAGGAAGGCUGUGGUUAUGUGUCUUCAGCUCUGAGUUCAAACUCCUUGCACCUGAAAAAGCUGGAUCUGACCUACAAUCACCCAGGUUCAGAAGUGAAACUGCUUUUUGAAAAAACCAAGAAUCCCAACUUCAGUUUGGACGAACUCAAUGUGAAUCAUGGAGGAGAAUCCAGGAUUACAGCAGGACUGAAGAAAUAUACCAUUUUUCUCACACUGGAUCGACAGCAAACACAGCACUCAUUUUCACUGACGAGAGCAGAAGGAUAACACGUGUGACAGAGAAACAGUCGUAUCCUGAUCAUCCAGACAGAUUUGAUUAUUGGGAGCAGGUGUUGUGUAGAGAGAGUGUGUGUGGACGCUGUUACUGGGAGAUUGAGUGGAGUGGA